CCCUUUGUUUUCUUCCAAUAUUCCACAUCAAAGCACCUUUCCACUUUUCCAUUUUCUAUCCCCCACUUUUGUUCCCUUAUUAAAGGCCGCAUGCAGCACCUAAGCUAAGCACAACUUGUUAGAGAGAGAGAGUGGGAAAGGAAAAGAAAAAGAGUGUGAACUGUGAAGGUGAGAAACUGAGAAUCUUGUUUAGCUUAUUAAGUUCCUCUCUUGAAUAACAUGACAGGGAAGAGAAACCAAAACCAAAACCAAUCGAGUCCUGUGGGAAGUCCAACAUCUGGAGGCAACAUCUCAGACAGCUCCUCCUCAAAGGAACAAGACAGGUUCCUCCCAAUAGCCAAUGUUAGCCGCAUCAUGAAAAGGGCACUCCCAGCCAACGCCAAGAUCUCAAAAGAAGCCAAGGAAACGGUUCAGGAGUGUGUCUCUGAGUUCAUAAGCUUCAUCACUGGGGAAGCCUCAGACAAGUGCCAGAGAGAGAAGAGAAAAACCAUCAACGGUGAUGAUCUUCUUUGGGCGAUGACAACCCUAGGCUUUGAAAACUACGUUGGACCCUUGAAGCACUACCUCAACAGCUACAGGGAAACCGAGGGGGAGAAGAGUUCUGUGGCAAAACAAGAAGAACAGUACUCUCCAACUCACCAACAAAAUGAUCAUGGGGUCGUGCAUGAAAUCAACAAGUUGUUGCCUCAUUCUUCUGUCACAACAAACAAACCAGACUUCAACACUUUCGGUGGUGGCUUCUAUUCUGUGGGGCCACAAGUAAGUGCUCAGAGUUAUAGAGAGAGUUCCAUGAAUAGGGUCAUUGCUCAAAGUGCUGCCAAUGGUGGUGAUCCUGAUGAUGCAAGUGCUAAUAGAAUGGUGCCACCCAACCUACGUUAUAGGGUUGAAUGGUAGAUGUCACAUGCAUAGCAACGAGUUCUUGUUCCUUUCCCCCAUUAUAUAUAUUUUAUAAUAUAAAUAAUAUUUUCAUUAUGAUAUAACUUUCGGUCUAUACCAGGGAACAGAUCAGUUUGAUUACUUGAAAUCUAAUGAUACAUUUCACUCACCGGUGGAGAAGUUAUUUGGUAGUUCAAUACUACCAAUUAUCAAGUACUCGUGGUUUUAAUAUUAGAAAAAUAAUAAUAACACUUGAUAAUAUGUUAUGCAAUAAUUUAUUAGGAAUUAUACAAUCAAAGAUCACCUAAUAAUUUCUGUUUGGUGAUAGUAUAUUAAAUUAUUAUUUAGUUGCUCAGUGUAACACUUCAUUGGAGUUUGGAGUUGUAUAAUGUUUAUCUUGUGACAUGAUGAGUCUCUAAAGUGUUCAAGUCCAAAUAUUCACGAGAAUAUCUUAGAUGGUAUGGUAGAAGAUUGUGAUGCUAAAAGAUGAUCGAGUUCAUAUUCUUGAUAUUGAUUGAGCUACCAAUUGUUGUUGAAGAGAUGAAAACUGAAAGGUUGUCUACA